UUCGCUGUAUGGAGAAAUUAAAUGGCAGAAAAUGUGACUUGUCGGGGACAAAUUUUAUGUUAGAAAUGAAGUUAAAGAAGUUUCUUUUAAAAUGUUGCAUCACGUUUAUCCAGCAAAGCACAUUACAGAGAUUUAGAAUUUAUUAUACAUUUCUCACGAAGAACUGUCAAUAUGGCUCCACAAUAACAGGCCUCAGCCGCCGGUAGCUGCGUUGUGGCUAAGCUAGUUAGCUCCUCCAUCCUCAGCCCGUCCUCCUGCACUUCGGAACUCCUCUCUGGGUUUCAAUGGCCGGGGUUGCCCUCAGGUUCUCUGCUCCCUGGCGUUUAGGGACAUUAAGACGCAGCUUGGUCCGACUCUCCAGCCCCCCCCGUCUGACGUUCCACACCACAGCCUCUCCCAUGAUGGGUGCGACGGUGGAGCAGUUCGAGCAGGCCAAGAGCAAACUGUCGACGCUGAAGAACGACCCGGGCAACGAGGUCAAGCUGAAGAUCUACGCUCUGUUCAAGCAGGCCACUCAGGGUCCCUGCAACAGUCCCAAACCAGGCAUGCUGGACUUUGUCAACAAGGUGAAGUGGGACGCGUGGAAAUCUCUGGGCUCCAUAUCACAGGAAGAAGCCAGGCAGCAGUACUGCGACCUGAUCGGCUCCCUGGUGGCGGCAGAAGGCGGAAGCUCCGCCCAGGUGGCCGCGCAGCCUGCCGGGAGCGGGACGGCGUACGAGACGCUGUUGGUCACUAUGGAAGAUGACAUCACCACCAUCAAACUGAACCGACCGGCCAAGAAAAACGCCAUCACGACCGAGAUGUACAAUGACAUCAUUGCAGCUCUGGAGCAGGCGGCUAAAGACGACUCAGUCAUCACUGUUUUUACAGGUGCUGGUGAUUUUUACUGCAGUGGAAACGACCUCACCAACUUCACCAAGAUCCCUGAGGGAGGGGUGGAGGAGACGGCCAGACGUGGUGGAGAUCUGCUCAGGAAGUACGUCAAAGCCUACAUUGACUUCCCGAAGCCGCUGGUUGCCGUGGUGAACGGACCGGCUGUAGGAAUCUCCGUCACUCUGCUGGGACUGUUUGACCUGGUCUACGCUACAGAGAGGGCCUCCUUCCACACUCCGUUCAGUCAGCUGGGUCAGAGUGCUGAAGGCUGCUCCUCCUACACCUUCCCCAAAAUAAUGGGCCCCGCCAAGGCCAGUGAGAUGCUGCUGUUCAAUAAGAAGCUGACGGCGGCUCAGGCCUGUGAACUCGGUCUGGUCUCUGAGGUUUUCCCCGACAGCAGCUUCCAGUCGGAGGUUUGGACCAGACUGAAGGCGUACGCCAAGCUUCCUCCCAACUCUCUGGCUCUCUCUAAACAGCUGAUCCGGUCGAUGGAGAAGGAGCGUCUUCACGCCGUGAACGAUGCAGAGGUGGAGCGUCUGGUGGAGCGCUGGACGUCAGACGAGUGUUUCAAUGCUGUCAUGAACUUCUUCCAGGCCAGGGCCAAACUCUGAGAGAGAGACAGAGACAGAGAGAGAGAGACAGAGUGAGAGAGAGAGAUUCCUUCUGAAAUGAGACGUUCGAGUGACUCCAGUAAACUUGAGCCUCGUCAGUCGUCUUUUAUGUCAGAAAGUUGCAGCUGUAGUGACAAAUGAUGAUGAGGAUGAUGAAGCUCAGAUUCAGCCCCUCGUCUUCUGCCUCUCUGGACUCACAAGCCGAACCGUCUCUGAUGAAUCUUUUUAGCCGCACUCAGCCGUUAACUGAAGGGAGAAAUCACAAGUGCACACCUCUGAGUUUUCUACAUUAACGUCUGCAGCACAGACAUUGUCACACCUGUAAAACAUCGGCCUCCCCCUCUGAACAGCUGGCCGACAGAUGUUUGGGAUCACCUGUAUCGUUUUAAAUACUCAUAACAAUGACGUAGGUUUGUUAUUAUUAUUAAUCAUAUUCUAGUCUGUUUGCGUUUUGUAGAAAAUAAAUCUGUUUCCGACGUCUGCGGAUCACCACGGAUCUCCUCGGGCUGUGAGGUUUCUUUAGAUCUGUAGUCAGUGAUGAGGAUCUGAUGUGGAUUCAGACUCGCAGCUGCACAGUGUCACAGCUGCCUUCAGCUUCUAUCUGUUAUCUUCAGGAUCAUGUCAGCGUGGUCACACGAAGGAAACUCGGACGAUUCAGUUUGUUGAAAUGCCUUAAACACUUUGUGACGUCAGCGCUCGUCUUUGUUCUUCUUUCUUCAUCACUCUGGUCAAUAAAAGGACAGAAUUUGUGCUGAUUCAAA